AUGUUCCCACCACCCAUUGCACUCGAUUGGAAUAACAUAGGCUUCAAAGUCCGGGAUGGCAACGGUCAUGUCGAAAUCCAUUUCUCCCACAGCGGGGAGAACAAAUGGUCGGCACCGCAAUUCGUCGCUUCGCCCUUCAUAUCAGUGCACGGAAUGGCGCCAGGCCUAAACUACGGCCAGCAAGUCUACGAAGGGCUGAAAGCCUUUCGCCACCCAGGUGACGAGAAGAUAACAAUCUUCCGUCCCGACCGUAACGCCAAGCGAAUGCAGUACUCCGCUGAAGUAGUCUCCAUCCCACCCGUUCCGGAGGAACUAUUCAUCGAGUGCGUGCGGUUAGCAGUUGGUGCAAACGCCGAGUAUGUACCACCCCACGACUCCGGCGCCGCAAUGUAUGUCCGACCCAUGCUCUUCGGCUCCUCUGCGCAGCUGGGGCUGAGUCCACCGGAUGGGUAUACGCUAGCUGUAUUUGCUAUGCCGACAGGGGUGUACCACGGGGCUACGGCGGUUGAAGCGCUGAUAUUGGAGGACUUCGAUCGCUGUGCACCGCAUGGGACUGGUGCUGCCAAAGUUGGUGGAAAUUACGCGCCUGUGUUGCGACACAGUGACCGGGCGCGACGGGAAGGGUUUGGAAUUACCCUUCAUUUAGAUAGUGCGACUCGCAGUGAAGUCGACGAGUUCUCGACUUCUGCUUUCAUUGGAGUGAAGCGUGAGGGGGAUCAGAUCACCGUGGUCCAGCCGGAUAGCCAGAAUGCAAUUGACUCGGUUACGGCGGCGUCGGUGCUCGAAAUUGCCCGCACGCUGGGGUAUCGGGUGGAGAAGAGGCGGGUUGCUUAUGAGGAACUGCGCGAUUUCGAUGAGGUUAUUGCUGCUGGUACGGCGGCGGCUUUGGUACCUGUGGGUAGUAUUACGAUGCAGUCCCGUGGUGAUAAGUUUGAGUAUCGUUGCGGGGCUCAGAAGGAGGGUGGUGAGGUUUGCGUUAAAUUGCUGCAGACACUUCGUGGUAUACAAUCUGGAACUAUUGAGGAUACCUUCGGUUGGAACUAUGAGGUGCAGGCACCGCCGAAGGGAUGGGCACAGCAAGGGCAGGAGGAGAUCGAGUUGAGUGGUGCCAAUGUCCCAUAA